AGAGGAUUCAGUCGUUUGUUGACUGUCGCCGGUGUUAGUCGCAAAUUCUGAUCUGCUUGCUAUUUCUCGAUUUGCAGCUUUUUAUUUUGAUCAGGAAAAGUCAACACAUAUUGACCACCGAAAACGUACUUUAUACCAAGUGCUCUCAAUUGGAAAAGUGGCGGACCUGCUGGAUAUGCCAUGUACUAUUAAACGUGAAACAUGUGACAUAAUUGUUGCUAACAAAUUAAAAUAUGGUAAUAAACAGUUCCUCCAGUUAAAUAGUUAGAUUGUAUUCGACAUUAACAGUGCAUCGCAUAUAUGCAGCAUAGUGUAUCCAAUAUUAUGUUUGAAAAAAAUUAAAUUAUGUGCGAAGAUCCACAGAAAACCUCAAAUAAUCAAACAAAAAGUUUAACGGUUUGUUCCGGUUUUGAAAUCGUUCAAUUUUUUUCGGAUACCACCACCCUCGGGUCAAAUUGCAAGUGACAUCGAUCGAUUCUCUUUGUUAUAACACGUGGUACGUUGUUAGCUUUGAUUACAUUCCUGUUGGUUUGUAAUUAAUAAUAGCCUGGAUUGGAUGCACCAGUUGAUGGAAGCAACCAAGCAACCAUAGAGAGGAAGUAGCUGUUAGAAUCAAAAGCAUUUGUUUAUUGGAAUUCUAAUGCAGUUUCCGAGGGCAUUUCUUUUAAUGGAAAGAGAAUGAGAUAGGAAAAUCUUUCCUGAAAAGAAAAAAAUUGUGAGCCACGUCCAUAGGCGUUUGUGUAUCGUAACACUGAGUAGUGAUGGUAAAUUGUGAGACAGUUUAAAAAAAAGUACAGAUUCUGGAAUAUCAAAGACGUGAUUAAGGUUCGUUUCAAUCUCAAUGGAAGUGCGGAAAAUAGGUUGAGCAUAAACUGUUGCUAGAUCACCAGAAGAAGUUGUCAAAGCCAGGGAUGAUAAUGUUGUUGUUGUUGUAAUGGAUCUGAAAGCUGGCAAAAAUCUCGUGGCACCAGCGAUAAAUAAUAUCAGUUGUUCGAGUAAUCGUUUCACCGGCAAUUUCUUCGCCCAGAUUGGCCCCCUGGAUGUACUGCAGGCGUUGUUUAUCGUGUUCCUAACCUUUCUGGUGAUUAGUGCCAAUCUAAUGGUGAUCAUUGUCAUCAACAGUCGACGAUAUGCGGCCUACAUCCAUCCACAGCCACGCUACCUGUUGACAUCGUUGGCUCUGAACGACUUGGCGAUCGGGCUGUUGAUCAUUCCCCUCGGGGCACUUCCUGCCUUACUCCACUGCUGGCCUUACGGUGAAAUAUUUUGCCAAAUUCAGGCUUUACUACGUGGAGCUUUAUCGCAACAAAGUGCUGUUAUCCUAGUAUGUAUGGCAGUCGAUCGGUAUCUGUGUGUACUGCAUCCUCGAAUCUAUUAUAAGCGGUCCAGUAAAAAAGGUUGUGUAGCAAUCCUGAGCAUUACGUGGAUUCUUUGUUUAACGUUUUUUGGACUACUGGUGCUACCGAAAGGAUACUACUUCAACAAAUCCGGUCUGCUAGCGUGCGAACCGUUUUACAGUAAAUCUUCUUACCGGAUUCUGUCCAGUUGUGCACUAUACUUUCCAACGACGAUGGUGCUGAUGUAUUGCUACGGGUCAAGUUUCCAUGCCAAUCGAUACAGACUAACGACGCCAGCUAGUGGUAGAGGUAGAGCAACAGCCGGUACCUCCACCGCAACGAUCCAGGACGCACCGUCUGCAACUGCAGCAGCAGCCACAGCAGCAUCAAUUACUGCAGCGGAGUCAGUGACGGGCGGAGGAGGCGCGACAACUACGACCACGACCGAAAUCGGAACGGUCAACAAUUCACCGUGUGCCGGAACGCCAACCGGUGUUUCUGUCGCGACGCCGUCAUCCUUGUCGUUCUCGGAAAAGCUGGCUGAACACGAACAGAGACUGAACGGAUCAACUUCACGCACAAUGGCGGCUAUAUCAUUAGGUUUUAUAGUGAUUGUCACCCCCUGGACGAUACAGGAGAUAGUUGCAACCUGUACUGGAUCAAAGAUACCACCAUCAAUAGAUUUUUGCGUAACAUGGAUAGCAUUAAGUAGUAGUUUUUGGAACCCAUUUCUAUACUGGUUGUUGAACGCUCGUUUUCGAAGGAUCUGCCGAGAUAUGUUAGCAUCGAAGUGCGUCAGCAGCCAACCAUCGCUAGAGAAAAAAUGCAGUAUAAGCCUAGAAUACGACCAUCACAUGACGUCACUACCGCUUCCACCGGGCCCACCACCGCCGACGAUUUGUCGUUCAACUAACCACACCACGCGACCCGACAUUGAAUGCUCGGAUAAAUAUUGGGGGGACAUUCUUGAGCAAACAUUCAGCACCGGUAGCAUGAAUGCUAUUCAUCGCAGCUCUUCCGCGAGUGCUGUUCCAUACCAUCUGCACCGGCAUCACCAUAGGGCGCACCAAUAUCAUCAUCAUCACCAAAACGGAAGUAGUAACCACCAAAGUAACAACAGCAUUCACAAAUUCCCUCAGAAUUUGACCGGAAGCGAUCAGUUCCACUACGACAUUGCCGGAGGUAGUGCCAAAGACGGUGAGUUCACUGUGAUCUUCCCGACGACUAAUUCGGAUCCACAGAUGUCCGGUGAACAUGAACUGCACGACAUCAACUGCGCCAAGAACAGGGCUUUUUUCGUCGGUUUCAAUCAUCAUCAAACACUACCUGAUAUCUAGUAUUGUAGGACUCGUACUAGACCGUGGAAUAGGAUUAAGAAGAUAGUUACGCAACUUUUUUAGGGGGCCAUUAAUCAAGAUACGGAUAAUGUCUUCAUUGGAAUCAAAUGUAUUGAAAAACAAUUUGUAUUACAGAAAGGAGCAAAAAUAUGUUUGGUGGGCAAAAAUAGUCGUUCAAUGUUUAUGUGCGUGCUCAAAAACGACAACUUACUCGUUUUAGUGUUACAAUUCUCCCAUCGUGUGUUCAGUAUAGGUUUAUCAAUUCAUCAAUUCCGAAGGCUGGUCCUUCUUUGCUUAGUUCAAUACAUCUCAUACCCAGCAACUAAUAGUGGUUAUAAUUCAUUACCUUCACACACAUACACUAAUUUCUACACGAAAUAGCAACUAUUAGCAAGAUUGUGAUAGUUAAUCGAUUAACGAUAGACACAACAUUCAACCACAUCGUUUCUCGAACGAUUUAAAUCGUCUUUAAUUAAGUGAAAAACGAAAGAAAAGAAAU